AUGAUUGAUGAAUCAAUUCGAUUCAAUUGGAAUGUCUUUCCGUCCACAAAACUAGAAGAAACACAGAUUUCAACUCCGAUAGGUUGUUUAUUCACACCAUUUUCAAAAAUUGAAAAAGUUGUACCCCGAAUAAAUAAAAUACCAAUCAAAUGUCAACAAUGUGAAACAUUAAUAAAUCCAUUUAUAAAAUUAGAUCGAGCUAAUGAUAUGUGGUGGUGUCCAUUUUGUAAGAAACGAACAUAUAUAGGAAAUUUGAAUAUACCUGAAUCAGCAAAAAGUGCAGAGGAUUGGCCCAUGGAAUUGAGAGAAUCAAGUAAAAUUAUUGAAUAUGAAUUACCACGGGAUAUAAGCGAUAAAUCAAAUGAUGAGGCUUCUUUAGUUUAUGUUUUUGUUAUUGACAAGUAUCAGCAUAUUGAAUCGCCAGAAGAGUUUCAAUCGCUACUAGAUGUAAUUUGUGAAAGUUUAAAUGCCGUACCCGAGAAUGGUUUAAUUGGAUUAAUUACAUUCGAUUCUAGAGUGUAUGUUCAUGAUUUAACCAAUAAUAAGAAAACGGCUAUAGUUAAUGACAAACAAUUUUCACCCAAAGAGUCAGCUAAUAACAUUGCUGCUGCAGUUUAUGGUACUUUUUUAAUCAAAUUUAAUCAUGAAAGUAAGACAAAAAUUAUAGAUCACAUCAAGAGCAUUAAACCUACCUUUUCAAAGUCAUUCAAACCAGAGAGAUGUACUGGAUUUGCUCAUUUUGUUUACUCCGUUUUAUUAUCCGAAGUCAAGAAUUCAAUUGGAAAUGUUUUAUUUUUCACAAGUGGACCAGGAACACAAGAACCAGGUAAAAUUGUGGAUUGCAAUUCAAGUAUGAGAUCUCAUCAGAACAUCAUUGAUUUAGAAGCGCCUUAUUUGACAUCAUCUUUAAAGUUCUACACAGCAUUAUCAUACAUUACAAAUGGUCUAUCAAUUAGUAAAGCAUUUGAAAUUGCAUAUAGUCCAUCUUUGAACUCCACUCAAUAUGAUAUCAACGACUCACAAUCCAUUUGGGCAACUAACCUAUUUGUCGGAUCCAUAGAUCAAGUUGGUGCAUAUGAAAUGAAACCUUUAAUUCGAAAUUCAAAUGGUGUUAUGUACAGUUUUGAAUCAUUUAAAGCAUAUCAGUUAUUAUCAUGUAUUAACCAAACUAUAAAGAUGGUUAGUUAUAAAUCUACACUCGAGGUUUCAACAUCGACAGGUUUAAAGACAUCAAAACUAUUAUUUGGUGGUGGUUAUGCAUUACCAUCGUCAUAUCAUAAAGCAUCAAAGUAUCAUCACAUGUAUAACGACAAGAUAGAUGAUCAAUUAGGUGAAUUUGAUUCAGCAAUGCUGAAAAAAAAUUAUACAAAUAGAUGGAAAUUUAACAAAUUAAAUAAAGAUGAUACGAUUAGUAUAUUUUUCAAAAUGGAUACAGUUAAAUCUUCAAAGCAUAUAUCAUCAACUUUCCCCACAUCGGUGCAUAUACAAUAUAGAUUAAAAUAUUGGAGUCAAGAGCAUAAAAAAUGGUAUCUUAAACUAUUUACAAUUUGCAAGCCUACCACUAACGCAUUUUUUAAAGAAGGUAUUAUUUACAAGGAACAUAAAUUGCUAUCAACUUUUGAUCGACGAGCUUGGAUUGUUUUAUUAACAAGAUUAUUAAUUAAUAAAAUAGAUACAAGUUUAGGUUUUGAAUCAUUUGAUGAUUUGAUCAAGUUGAUAGAUACGAAUUUUACACAAUUGUUACAUCAUUUUGGUGGUCUUUCUAUAAAGGCUAAUUCGAAAACUGCAAAUAAUCCACACUUAAAACUACAAACGAAGUAUGAAAUUAAUGAAAAUUUCAAAGACUUACCUUCGUUGAUUUAUAAUUUGAGAAAGAAUUACAAUCUAAUUAGAAUAUUUAAUUCAAGUCCCGAUGAAACUGCAUUUUAUCAUUUAUGGUUCAUGAGAAUGAAUUUAAAUUUAUCUUUAAAAGUGAUUGAACCCGAGCUAGUAUACUUACAGGAUGGAAAAUCUAUAAGAUUACCUUUAGAUUCCUCAUGUUUUGAUAUAAUAGGAGAUGAAACUUAUUUAAUUCUUGACUCUGGAUUUCAGAUUAUCGUUUAUAAUUACGGUAACAGACUAAAACUACAUCCAUCAAACAACGAUCAUCUAAUUACAAAUGCAAAUGAAGAUUUGAAAACACCACUAACUUAUAUUUCAAGAUUUUCACAAAGGCAAUAUUUAUGCAAAGUUAUAAUAACACAGAAAAAUCAUUCACAAGGCAGAUUUCUCAUAUCAAAACUUAA